AUGGCCUCCACACCAAGCCACUUUGGUGGGCAGACUCCAAACGGAAAUCCCACAGCCAGUAAAAGGACCGCUGUUCAAGCAUCGUUGGAAGUAGGACCAGACGGGAAAAAGCCCAAGUUCCAUGGCUGCUCCAAAAUCUCGAAUUAUAUCAUGAUGUCCAAGCUUGGAGAGGGAACCUUCGGAGAAGUACACAAAGCCGAAUCGCGCGUCACCGGACAGAUUGUGGCAAUGAAAAAGAUUCUGAUGCACAACGAGAAGGAUGGUUUUCCAAUCACUGCGAUCCGAGAGAUAAAGCUACUGAAGAUGCUGUCUCAUCCCAAUAUCUUGAAGCUGGAAGAGAUGGCUAUUGAGCGAAUAAAAGGAGAAGGGCGGAAAAAAGCGAUAAUGUACAUGGUCACCCCGUAUAUGGAUCAUGACUUGUCCGGCCUCCUCGAAAACCCUUCAGUACAGUUCACCGAGCCUCAGAUCAAAUGCUACAUGAUACAGUUGCUCGAGGGAGUCGCUUACUUGCACACGAGCAAAAUACUGCAUCGCGAUAUGAAGGCUGCUAAUCUCCUCAUCAACAAUCACGGCGUACUUCAGAUUGCCGAUUUCGGUCUGGCUAGACCUUACGACGAUCCUCCGCCGCAAAGAGGAAAGGGCGGUGGCGAAGCUACGAGAGACUAUACUACGCUUGUGGUCACUCGCUGGUACAGACCUCCCGAACUACUUCUUACAUUGCGCAAAUAUACUUCAGCUAUAGACAUGUGGGGUGUGGGUUGCGUCUUUGGAGAGAUGUUCAAAGGGAGACCCAUCCUCCAAGGAAAUACCGACCUCAACCAGAUACAUUUAAUCUUCGAUCUAAUGGGAUCACCGAACGAAGAAAACAUGCCUGGAUGGAGUACUUUACUCGGCUGUGAGGGAGUCAAAUCCUUUCCACAACGAAAGAGCACCCUCUCGCAAACCUUUCGAGAGCAGGGACCUUCGUUCAUCUCUCUGUUAGGGGAGCUGCUGAAGCUUGACUGGCGCAAGCGCGUCAACGCCAUCGACGCUCUUGAACAUCCGUAUUUUAAAAACCCUCCGCUUCCAGCCAAGCCUGGCGAGAUUCCUCAAUUCCAAGAAUCACACGAAUUAGACCGAAAAAAGUUUCGCGAGCAGAAAGCCAAUCUCCCUCCAGCACCAGCUGGUGGUACUGUCGGGAUGGGUCCGGAUGGGGACUUUGUCAACGCUGCUGGUCAUUUGAAUCAUAAUGGUCAGUACCGAUCUCGCGGAGGCCUCGGAGCAUACUCGAACGAGCAGCAAGCAUAUCCACCUAGGCAUACUGGCUACGACAAUCGACAGCAUGGUCUGCAGCGAGAAUUCAGAGGGCCACCUCCACCUCCGGGACCUCCGCCACCGCAAAGUCGACGUCCGGCUUGGCCUCCAGAAGCGAAUGGGUUACCGCCAAGACCCCCCACCUCCAAUAAAUCCCGUAUGGGGAGGCCAGGUUCACCGAGGAAGUGUUCCGCGUGA